AUGAUCAAUGAUAUCUGGAAUGACUACUGGAAGCAGCACAUCAGUUCAGGUUUAGUGAUCAUCUCGCCGCCGGCGACCACAUCGAGCUCCGGCGAAAUCGACAAAUCGACGUCAUCCAGGGAGCAGACGACGACGCCGGAUGAGUUUGACGAGGAGAUUCUUGAAGAUGAGCAACAACUUGAGGAGAAUGGCGAGAGCGCUGCAAAACGACGACGGACGCGGACCAACUUUUCCGGAUGGCAGUUGGAAGAGCUUGAAUCCGCAUUCGAGGCUUCUCACUAUCCCGACGUGUUCAUGCGCGAGGCGUUGGCGAUGCGUCUUGAUCUUCUCGAGAGCCGCGUUCAGGUCUGGUUCCAAAAUCGGCGGGCGAAAUGGCGAAAACGCGAGCAGAUCAAAAACGGCGCGAUUGGGUGUCUCGAGACGAAGAAGGACGAAGGCGCCUCCGAGAAUAAGCCAUUGCCGACGUUCCCGUUCUCGAUUGAAAGCAUUUUGGCGGUUAGCCGAGUGCCACGUGGACGACGACCCAAUGCGAAAUACCCAAGAGUUCAGGCUUGUAAGAACCUCUCGCCCUUCAUGCUACCCUUGUUCCCAAUCACCCAACCAGCCGGCAAUCUGAUUCGCGAGAAAUCGCCGCCACCACCAUCAUCGGCUCAUUGCACCAUGCAAGAUCUGGCGGCGGCCAUCGCCGCGAGCCCCGUUUGA